UACCGAAUGGAAUGAAUGAAAUCUGUAACUUUACGGCUUUUCUGUAAAUUCUAACAUCUUAAUAUAUUACUGCUAUUUUAGAUACAUAGUUUUUAUGAUUGUUAUAUCUUUUUAACACUUACCUUCUCGUUGCAGAGAAAAUUUCUUGCGAGAUUUGAUGACUAUGUAUGGGGUGGUGGUUGCACGAUAGGGAUGCUUGAGAAAGGGGGCGUGACCUCCGAAAAGUUGGAAGUGUCCGGCGCUCAUUCAGCGGUUCUCCUUCGUGAGAGGAAGGAAGGUCCUCUGAACUCCACAUGCCCGAGAAAGGGUGAAGAUUGAAUGGAGCUCUUAUGGACUGUCGCGGAUAUCAGUGAGCACUUGGGUGACCUACUAAUGGAGUGAAAAUGGAACAAAUAAAACAAAAAGAAUCAAUAAAUGUGACCUCUGAUUCAACAGAAUGUGUGGAGCCCCUACAACUAUCAAGUCAAUCUUCUGUGCAAUCUCCUGUGACCCAAGCUCCACAAAUCACCAAUGGAACACAGUGUAAUCCUUUCCCAGAAGUCAAUUUCCCUCACAACCCCAAGACCAGUUCUAAGAAAAAGGUCUCUUCCCAACCACCUAUUAAGAAACAAAUUAGUCGAACAAGUAAUGAUGGAAGUGAACCCCCAUACCUCCCCCCUGGUGCCCAAGAGGAUUGCUGUGUGCAUUGUACCCUGGCCCUGUUAUUCUGUCAAUUUCUUUCUCUGUGUAACUUGCUACUGGAUGUCUUGACAUGCGGUUCAUGUUCAGCCGAUUCUGCUGGGUUCUGCUGCUCGUGCUGCUCCAUGGGUGGAUGUCCGGACUGUGCUGACUCCUGCAGCACUGACUGUGGCAUAGUAGAUGCCUGCUGUGAAUCUGCCGACUGCCUUGAGAUUUGUAUGGAAUGUUGUGGCCUAUGCUUCUCUUCUUGAGCGUAGGAGAUACAGACAUGAGAGCUACAAAAGGGACAUUAAAUGUGAAAAGGCACCGGAUUAGAUUGAAGUGAAGAGAUUGCAUUUAUCGUAUACAACACUAGAACAUUUAUAAUGAGAAAAAAAAUCUAAGCGGAAUGGAGGGAACCUGAGCCAUAUAAAUUGCCUGAGCCAUUAAUUGUGUUUUAUGUAUAACUCUUGUAAAGGCCUAGGACAAAAACAUCAUAAGCUGACCAUUUUACAUGAGCUGGUUAUUCAGUUCCUCUCUCUGGGACUUUGCAAACUGUUCUUCUGCCUAUAGGAAUGCUGUACGGAACUAAACCAUCAAUGCUGCCAUAAAUACAAAACUUUGUCAUGGUCAAACUUCUGUCAUAAAUG